AUGGAUGAAUCAACAUUAUUUUUCCAGCAUUCUUCCACCUCUCAGAAAAUCCACACUCACUCUCAAUCCUUUCUAGCUGCCGCAAGUGAUUUAACCUAUGUUCUUAAAUGGCUCGAAGCUCUACAAAUUCGACUGUCAAAUAAAACACAAACCGAUAAUAAUUUGUUUGUAACUCUCUCAGUCAGUGAAAACGACUGGGAAAUUAGUGUAAGAUGCAAUAAGGCGUACCAGAUAAACAGCAAACUGCCAAAAGAAGUCUUUGUUAAAUAUGAAUUUAAUAACUCGAAGGGUAAAGAAUCAAUUAAACGCUCGCUUUUCCUGAAUCAUUUCUAUCAGGCACUUAAGCUGCACGAGAGCGUGGCCUUCGAAAGGUGCAUUAUAUCAUAUGACAAUGCUAAAGAAGAAAUUAAUAUCACGUCCAACGCGCAAUGUGACGAUGGUUCGAUUGAAAGCAUCGAGUCAUUCGUCAAAUUGUUAAUGGAUUACGAGAAUGAAGAUUGUGAACCGAUACAAAUGGAUGAAUCGAAUGAACGUCGGGAUUGGUGUUGUAUCAGCAUGAUAGCCAAUCAAUUGGUUGUUCCACUCCGCACAUUGUGGAAUAUGGAUCAAAAGGACACAAACUGUGAUUGCCCGGUUAGUAAAGAUGUUAGAUAUCACAAAAAAGUCUUGAGCCCAAGUUUCCCAGCAUUAAAAGCAUCCACAACUAUUACAAUACUGGUGGAUGCGAGGAACACAUUGAAACUCGAAAUGUCUAUCCCUAUAAUUCUCGAUGACUCAUCUUCCAGAAAUGUCAUUGCAGAAUUCUUGUGCUUACCUAACAUCGAGCCUGACGAUGAAGACGAUGAUGAUAUAUAA